GCCAAUCGGAGCGCUAAAAGGAGACAUUGGCAGGUCGGUUGUGAGCUGAGGUUAGAUUGUGCUGCUGAAUAUUAUCUCGCCUGUCCCCUCUUACCGUUAUAAUAUUCAGCCGGAGAACAGGUGCGUGCGGAGACGGAUGCUGCAUUGACCGCAGUGCAUUUAAAUCGAGUGGGAGAAAUUAAUGAAGGCUGUGCAUGAUCGGCGGUGCACUGUGACUCAACGAGGGACAAAUCCUAUCAAGGAGUCCAAACAGGUACCACGAGCGGCAUUACUGGACGGACAGUAUCACGCGGGACCGUGGACUACUCUGUAUUAAGAUGGACUGUAACUUAGGUGUCGUCACGAGAUGUUGCGCGUCGUUUGGAGCAAUGUACCGAGUCUAAUUUAGCCAUUAUGUGUACUGUAUGUUAGGUCAUGUUGUGUGCGUUCAACACGUUGCCUGAGUGCGAGGCUGGAACAGGUCACUGGUUCACUACAUCCAUAAUUUAGGAUGAUGCCUCCUGGUCAAACCUGCUCGCACUCCUCCCUCGUUCCUCACCCGGUCUCCAGAGUUCAAACGCUUCGUCAGCAGACUGAGAACUCCUGAGCUCUCGCCCGCCCUGUUUGACUUCCUGGCAGACGUCCCAGGGGAGGUGAUGCGACGGUUCGUCUACUGUAAGGUGGUGCUGACCACCUCUUUAGUGUGGGUGCUGGUGGACGUGUUCCUGCUGCUCUACUUCAGCGAGUGUAACAAAUGUGAUGAUAGGAAAGACCGCUCCCUGCUCCCUGCCCUCCGAGCGGUGAUAUCUCGAAGCCACGAGGGUCCGGGGGAAAUGGGCAAAGCGGUGAAUGUCCCCAAAGACGAUCAGGAGAAAAUGAAGGAGCUGUUUAAGAUCAACCAGUUCAAUCUGAUGGCCAGUGACAUGAUCGCCCUCAACAGGAGUCUGCCAGAUGUGCGGCUGGAUGGCUGUAAGACCAAAGUGUACACAGAUGACCUGCCAAACACCAGCAUUGUCAUAGUGUUUCACAACGAGGCGUGGAGCACCCUGCUGCGGACGGUUCACAGUGUCAUCAACCGCUCUCCCAGACACCUGCUCACAGAGAUCGUGUUAGUGGAUGAUGCCAGCGAGAGAGACUUCCUGGGGGAGAAGCUGGAGAACUACGGGCGGACUCUUGAGGUGCCAGUGAGGAUCCUUAGGAUGGAACAGCGUUCGGGUCUCAUUAGAGCCAGGUUGAGGGGAGCAGCUGCCACCAAAGGUCAGGUCAUCACCUUCCUGGACGCUCACUGCGAGUGCACUGUCGGCUGGCUGGAGCCCCUGCUGGCACGCAUCAAAGAGGACAGGACAGCAGUGGUGUGCCCUAUCAUCGAUGUCAUCAGCGACGAGACGUUUGAAUACAUGGCAGGCUCAGAUAUGACCUAUGGAGGAUUCAACUGGAAGCUGAACUUCCGCUGGUACCCGGUUCCCCAGCGGGAGAUGGAUCGACGCAAGGGAGACAGAACACUUCCUGUCAGGACUCCCACGAUGGCAGGAGGAUUGUUCUCUAUAGACAAAACCUACUUUGAAGAAAUAGGAAGCUACGAUCCAGGGAUGGACAUCUGGGGCGGAGAGAACCUGGAAAUGUCUUUCAGAAUCUGGCAGUGUGGCGGCUCUUUGGAAAUUGUAACAUGUUCACACGUGGGCCACGUUUUUCGGAAGGCCACCCCGUACAGCUUCCCUGGAGGAACUGGACAAGUCAUCAACAAGAACAACAGGCGGCUGGCAGAAGUGUGGAUGGACGAUUUUAAAGAGUUCUUCUACAUCAUAUCACCAGGUGUGAUGCGUGUGGACUACGGGGAUGUUUCCUCCCGUAGAGCUCUCCGAGAGGCCUUACACUGCAAACCAUUCUCCUGGUAUCUAGAGAACGUCUACCCAGACUCCCAGAUCCCAAGAAGAUACUUCUCACUUGGUGAAAUCAGAAAUGUGGAGACCAACCAGUGUGUGGACAACAUGGGGAGAAAAGAGAACGAGAAAGUCGGCUUUUUCAACUGCCAUGGCAUGGGUGGAAACCAGGUGUUCUCGUACACAGCCGAUAAAGAAAUCAGAACAGAUGACCUCUGCCUGGACGUCUCCCGCCUCAACGGACCCGUGGUCAUGCUCAAGUGUCACCACAUGAAGGGCAAUCAGAUGUUCGAGUACGAUGCUGAGCGACUCACCUUGCUGCAUGUGAACAGCAACCAGUGUUUGGACAUGCCGACUGAGGAGGACAAAAUGGUCCCCACCCUGAGAGACUGCAACAACAGCCGCUCUCAGCAGUGGCUGCUCCGUAACAUGACACUGAGCGUCUGAUCUCCCAUCCUCUGCCCCCCUCACCUCUACCUCUCUGUCCUCAUCCUAACCAGUCCUGGCUCUUCAAACCCGGCACACGUGGCUUUCAACCACGCACAUCAUCCGCCUCUUCCUGUAACAGCGAAACAGAGACCAAGGCAACAGAGGCUUAACUUUCAUUAGGGAGGCAUCUCUUUUUACAGGGUUGCCAGGAGCUGCAUCUGCCUGCAAAGUGACGUGACAAGCCAUGGCUGUGGGGGACCCCAUUGCGUCUAAGCAAGGAGAAUGACGUGCGAGGUCCAUGCAUGGAGAACGAAGAAAUCAUAGCACUCGCGCUGUAGCAACCAGCUGCUAGCCGUGUAUCCAUCACGCUGCUCAGACUGCUGCUUAGCUGUUGAACAAUUAAACGGAGGAGCGUCUCUACAAAGGCCCAUUUCUGAGAUGGUCUGCACUGUCAGUGACCUCCUUGUGCUGAGUACUUGCAGUGCAUUAAUGCCUACUGUAGGCACAAUCCUAAAGCAGGAGUGUUAUCAUUAUGACUGCUGCUCAUCCUCUAUCCAUAUCAGUGUCUGAGUUACAUUCAAAUAACAGGAGAGUGAUUUUAGAGCCCAACCAGCACUGGAUUUUGAAGCGGGUACCACUCUACAAAUAUAUUAUUUAAAGUAAUUGAUUACCAAACUGUAUGUAUGGACUUAAAUUCCUGUCUCUUUGUGCAGGAGAACAUAAGCUAUAAUGAUACUGAAGCAGUUUUGUAAAUUCAUACUUGUAAUGAUUUAGUUUGAUUUUUCAUUCAACUUGAAUCAGCACUAGCUCAGAUUUUUUUCUUUCCACAUUGAUGUUUAGCCAGCAUUAACUCUGUCUAAUAAUGGGUAAAGUUUUGGUAGUAGAAACAUGCCAAACAGUCACAACUAUAGGCAGUCAAGAGUCCUCAUAACUCCUCCCUCCCUAUGAUUGGAUAUUGAUUUACAUAGGCAGUAGAUGGUGAAUAUUAAGUGGACAUGACCUCUUCGUUUCAAGAGUGAAUUCGAUGUGGAAGUGCCUUAAACCUGCAUUCUUUGUAAUGGACAGCAGGGGGCAAUCAAAUUACAGAUUAAGGUCCUAUUUGAAGUAAAAAAUAAAAAUAAAAUAAGGUAAGUUUAGGGGCUACUUGUGAUUGACAAAUUGCUGCCAUGUUGACAAGUCAGCCCGGAUAAAGAAGUUGCAAACCAAAUAAUCACAACAGAGAUAGCCGAGGUGCCAAACCAAUAAGAUCUUUGAAUAACAAGUGAUGUCACAUUGGCACACCCACUAAAGCCUGAUCUAUACUUGUGUAGACUGCGGCGGCUUGUAUUUCCUGCAUUUACAGCACUUCCGGGAUCCCUGCUCAUCAGCCGUGUGUUUCAUCUCCUCCUCUCUAUUCUUCAUGUAAUGAUGUCUGUAUGAUAAACAGCAACAUGUAUCAGCUUUAGAUUAACAUAACACGCUCUGAAUCGCUGUAGAAAAUUAAACAGAGAUCGUAGCGGGGCCAGAAGCAGGCGACCGGCUAUCAGGGAGACCACACUGCCCUCAAGCGUUUCAGCGGGGAAUUGCUGCGCGACAUGGACAUAUCGACGCACAAGUAUGUGGUGCUCAUGUCCGUGUCAGCCCCUGCUGCGUAGGAGCGACACAGAAGUAUAAAUCCGCCUUUAGCCCUGGUGACAUAGCCACAUUUGCAGCAGCACCUAGAUCCAUAGCGACUGAUGGUUUUGGCAUGCCACUUCAUGUGGCACUGCAUGUGCCGUGGUUGAUGGUAUGCCACUAGGGGGAACAACAGCAUGUGCUUAAUGCUGGACUGGAUUAUUGAUCCCCACAGUCUAAUGAGUCAACUGCAACCCGAGUCAAUGAUGGUACAUAGAAAAGAAAGAGGCUGAUGCUUCAGUUAGCAACAGAAUAGCCAUUUUAAUCUUUGACAAAAUAUUUCCUCAAAGUGGAAGCCAACAUUAACCUUGUUAGCUUAACUGCAAGCUUACUAGUUACACUGGCAAGGACACACAAGAGAAAUGUAGACAUUUCUUUAGAAGCAUCACGUGGCUGCACUUUCCUUGUCAAUAAAGACAACAAAUUAUUUACAUUAAUUAUUUUCAUUUACAGCAAUGAUCUUAGCAAAAAAUUAGUUUUCACAUGCAUCUUAGCGGGAGACAUGGUCACAACUGGUGUGACAGUCUGUCAAUGGCCUUCCACUUUGGAGCCAUUUGGAAAGGAAUGAAUACUGUUUGGAGACAAGUGGCAUACCAGUGAGGCGAUCAACACACCAGUCCAGUAAUAGGCACAUGCCACUGGCUCUGUGGUGGCAUACCACUGGUCCUCAGCACAUGCCGCACUGUAUUGUGGUUGAUACUUAAACUACCGUCACAUGAAGGACAAAGCAAACAAAGAUAAACGUGUCAAAUGUUUUGGUGAAUAGAAUCAAUUUGUAACAAAACCAUAUCAAUACGCAGUUUGAUUAAAAAAAAAAAACUACAUAGACAAUAACCCUACUAAUAACAACCCCUUGUACUAAUAACCCUUCAACAAAAGGAUUACAAGGCAGGUUUAUCUAUCAGUGCUCACUUAUAAACUGAUGUUUCUUUAGAGACUUUUAGAAUAAAAUUACACAUAUGUUUAGGACUUCUAUAACAAAAUGUUUAUUAUUUUCUGACAUAGAGACAGAUGAUUAAAUAUAUGUAAUAAGGGAACAUAGGGAAUACUGGUUGGGCUCUAGCCAUUAGCAUGUCUCUUUUGAUGUUUGUGUGAAGACCAGCUGAAAAACACAAACAUCUAAAAAUUAAUAGAUAGCAUGGUAAGAGUGCAGCUAUGAAAUCCUCCUUUUUUGUUGUUUGUAUUUUCAUCAUAUUAAUAAUGACCUGAUCUUUGAAUAAUGUUUCAUGAAAAAGGAAUAUGGAAUGUAGGGUAUGGAUGAAAAGAUGAGGCAGCUCAUUGGAUGGACAUAUUGUAUUUAUAACACACUGUUGAAGAAAAGAACAUAGUGGCUGAGGGAGGUCAGAUAGUUUAUAAGUGAAUGUAAGAGUUUUCUCCAACAUGAUACUGACUUUAACCUAAAACUGUUUCACUGUUGUGUUUUUAGUAACGAUGCUCACAGAAAGUCCUGUUAACACUCAUCACCCUAAUCUGUUUCUUAAGUUCCAAGACAAUUGUCUGAUUCUUAUGAAAAUCUUGAGAUAUCAUGAAGUUUGGAGUGCAUAGUUACUUGUGCCUUUAGAAAGUUAUUUUAUAAUUUAGUGGUUUUAAGAUGAAUGGAUUUUUUGUUUAAGAAAAAUGGAGAUUGUUGGGUCUUUUAUUUUGAGUAUUAAAAAAACUACAGCAUAUUUAAUCAAGUAAAUGUCAUAUCUCAUUAAUAUAUUAUCAUCAUUUUAAUGCUUGAUCAAACAUUUGGUUAACUGAAGGUUCAUAUUGGCAUUUAGAUACCCACCUAUCAUCCAUGCAACUGUGACAGGUUCUCAUCAUUGUUGAUCAGACAAUGAUGUGUUAUUGUACAUAAAGCUGUUAUCAAGUUUCUAUCACCACUGUUGUUAUUGUUGUUGUACAUACAGAACCAAUUAUUUUUCUAAGAUGCUGUAAAACUUGAACACUCCUCGGAGAAAAAGAAAUUGAAUGAUAAAGAUCACGAGGUAUUGCAGUGGUUUACUUUUGAAUCGUGGUAAUAAAAACCAGUGCUUACCUUGGGUUUUGAAAUUGCAGUGUGUUUCGGAAAUCAACAUCGGCCCCAUGAAACCAAUUCUCAGCUACCUAAAGGACCUUAGGCGAGCAUACAUGAGGGAACAACUAAUGGUGAAAUAGUAUCAAUGCUGCUUGAAUACUGAAUCCCUGCCAAGUGCCUGCUUGGCAUUCAGACUGAAAUUCAAUCACCUCUUUCGUAUUACACACACCCAUUUAUUGUUUUUCAUUAUCUUUAAGUGCAUGGUGUUGAAAUAGGAAUGUAAUGUUUCAAUGUACUGUUUGAAAAGUGAUGUUUCUUGUUUGUACAUUUUGCCUUUUUUUGUAGAAAAACUGAACAUAGAUUUAGCAUUAAUUUAUGUGUAAUACAACUGGUGUAAAUGUGAACACUAGCACAUCACACCAAUGCAUCAGUUGUUUAAUAAAACUUGUUCUCUGAGCUUUUAA